GAAGAAGAAGAAGAAGAUGUCGUCACUGUGUGUCCUUGCGCAGCAGCUGCAGUCUUUCAAAGAUGGAGGAGAGGAAGUAGGGCAGCAUCCCUGAUGGGAGGGGCCGCGGCUGGAGCAUCCAGCAUCAGUAGCUAGGAGACGCGCGCGCAGGCAGGCAGACAGACACACAGACACACAUACACACAGACAGGAUCAGCAGGUUCGUCUUUCUUGGGCUAUUUACUGUUUGCUUGAGACGAGCACGGAUGUAUAAGCCUCCUUCUCCUCGUCCUCUUCCACCUCCUCUUCAACCCACAGAAUGCUUUGCGUGUGAUGCGUCGGCUGCACUGCGCUAGCCAGGAGUCAGUGUUAGGCGACGGGGGCGUGGCCUCUCUGGAGCUGAAAAUGGACCAAUCGGUGAUCAUCAAACCCGUUCACUCGUCGCUUCUGGGCCAGGACUACUGCUUUGAGGUGACCACUUCCACGGGGACCAAGUGCUUCUCGUGUCGCUCGGCGGCCGAACGGGACAAGUGGAUGGAGAACCUGCGGCGAGCCGUGCAGCCCAACAAAGACAACAGCCGACGCGUGGAGAACCUUCUGACCCUGUGGGUCAUCGAAGCCAAGGACCUGCCCGCCAAGAAGAGGUACUUCUGUGAACUUUGUCUGGACGACAGCCUGUACGCACGCACGUCCUGCAAGAUGAAGACCGACAACAUAUUUUGGGGGGAGCGUUUCGACUUCAGCAGUCUGCCGUGCGUCAGCGCCAUGACGCUGCACAUCUACAAAGACACGGACAGGAAACGCAAGAAGGACAAGAGCAGCUACGUGGGCCUGGUCAACAUCCCCGUCGUCACGGUAACGGGCCGACAGCUGGUGGAGAAGUGGUACACGGUGAGCAUGCCCAGCACCAUCCGAGGUAAGUCGAGUGUGCCGACGGUGCGGGUGAAGGCGCGCUACCAGAGUGUGGUCAUCCUGCCCAUGGAGCAGUACAAAGAGUUUGCCGAGUUCAUCAGCGCCAACUACCUGCUGCUGUGCAACACGCUGGAAUCUUCCAUCGGCCUGCGAGCCAAAGAGGAAGUGGCGGCCGCCUUGGUUCACAUCCUGCACAGCACCGGCAAGGCCAAGGACUUCCUGACGGACUUGAUGAUGUCGGAGGUGGACCGUUACCGUGACAACGAUCAGCUGAUCUUCAGAGAGAACACCCUGGCCACAAAAAGCAUUGAGGAAUACUUGAAGCUGAUUGGACAAAAGUACUUGCAGGACGCGCUGGGUACGCCGCACACUUGCAACGCAACGCGCCGCGCCGCACAGGACUGCACAUGUGGCGUGUGCGUGUGUUCAGGCGAGUUCAUCAAAGCUCUGUACGAGUCCGACGAGAACUGCGAGGUGGACGCGUCGCGCUGUGCCAACUCGGACCUGGCAGAGCAUCAGGCCAACCUCAGGAUGUGCUGCGAACUCGCAUUCUGCAAGAUACUCGACUCCUACAGGGUGUUUCCUCGUGAGCUGAAGGAGGUUUUUGCAUCGUGGCGUCAGGAGUGCAGCAGCCGCGGGAGACCAGACAUCAGCGAGCGCCUGAUCAGCGCGUCGCUCUUCCUGCGCUUCCUGUGCCCGGCGGUGAUGUCACCGUCGCUUUUUGACCUGACGCAAGGAUACCCGGACGAGCGCACGGCUCGCACGCUGACUCUCAUCGCUAAAGUCAUCCAGACGCUGGCCAACUUUAGCAAGUUCGGCACCAAAGAAGAGUACAUGCUCUUCAUGAACGACUUUGUGGAGCGCCAGUGGAGCAGCAUGCAGCGAUUCCUGCAGGAGAUCUCCAAUCCCGACGGACUCAACCACACCGGCGCCGGCUUCGACGGAUACGUCGACCUCGGCCGGGAGCUCUCCUGCCUGCACACUUUGCUCGCCGAGCUGGAUCAGUCGUGUCUGUGCAAGCUCAGUCCGCUUCCUCGGAUUCUCAGAGACGUCUCGGCGGCUUUGGCCAACCCUGGGGGCGGGGCUUAUCCCGGGAGAGCCUCGGCCUCCUCGCCCGAGCUCCAGCAGCACGUGGCGUCCCCGCCGCCUCUGUCGCCGCCCCUCUCGCCUCCUCUGGCGGCCUGCAAUCCCUCACUCGGCCAGCAGUGUGGCGUCGGACUGGAUGGAGGGCUGGUGGACUUUACCAGGCUUCCGUCACCCACACCCGAAAACAAAGAUUUGUUCUUCGUCACAAAAGGUUCCAGCCUUCAGCCGGCAUCAGGCCCGCGAGGAUCUCCGGCCCCGAGCUCCUCCUACUCGGAGCCCAACGACGACGCGGCGUACGGGAGGGCGGGGCAGGAAAUGAGUGCGGAAGGGCGGAGCCUGUCUCUGGUGGACCUGCAGGACGCCUCCCCCGGCGACGCUCUUGACGACAGCCAAUGGCAGCGCAGGGCGGGGCUGCUGCCGCUGUCUUUCCAGAACCCCGUCUAUCACAUGUCGUCGCGACAGCCGCACAGGGCCGAGGCCACGCCCUCCGACGGCUCGGCCACUUCGCAGGGCGGAGAUGAGCGCAACCCGGCCGCCGCGCCCAAACCCGCCUUCCUCACCCAGAUGCAAGUGGGCGUGGCCGCCGGGGGCGAGCGAGGAGAGCGUCUGUCGGCCAUGUCCAGCAGCAGCAGCGGAGAAGAGCAGAACAGACGAGCGCUCUCGCUCUCGGAAAACAUCACAAGUGGCGCCGCCCCCCCUCGUCAGAACAGUUCGGGUCCUCAGCGUCGCAUCGACCAACCGCCGCCGCCCUCCUCGGCGCCCCCUCCGGGCCCGCCGCGGGGCCGCACGCCACCCAGCAUGCUCCCUCCACGCCCCGCCUCCGGAAGCAUGAUGUCCUCCAGUCCCGAUUGGCCGAGCAGCGGACACUCGCGACUGCGCCAGGCCUCGUCCUCAUCCAAAGGAGACAGUCCCGAAAAACUGCGGACCGCCAACAAGGCGCCCUCUCCAUGUGCGUUGGACCGGACGGCCGCCUGGCUUCUCAACAUGAACUCUGCCUCUUCUUACGCCGAGGCGGAAGACGAUCGCCAUGACGACGCCUUAAUCGAGAAGUACCAGCAGGACAUCGCGUUGCUGCAGGAGAAACUUCGUGUGGCGGCUCUGCGUCAGGAGGAGUGUGAGGCCCGGCUGGUGGUUCAGGAUCAGCAGAACCAGCGUCUCCUGCAGGAAUAUCAGGCUCGGCUGGAGGAUACCGAAAGUCGACUGAGGAGGCUGCAGGACGACAAAGAUCUCCAGAUGAACAGCAUCAUCAGCAGGUUAAUGGCGGUCGAAGAGGAGCUGAAAAAAGACCAUUCCGACAUGCAGGCUGUGGUUGACUCCAAACAAAAGAUCAUUGAGGCACAGGAGAAGAGGAUAGCAAAUCUGGACGCUACCAACAGUCGCCUGAUGGCGGCGCUGGCUCAGCUGAAGGAGCGCUACGGCGUGACUUCGCAGAGGAACGGUCUGUCGCCUAGCAACACAUCAUCCCUGCAGAUCACAGAAAACGGCGAGUUCCGCAAUUCGGGUAAUUGCUGAGCCUCGGGCCCAGCGGCACUGUUAACUGCGAGUGGGAGGUUCCAUAGCAACACACACACACGCACCCUGUCCAAGAUGAACUUUAACGUCUGACAUUUCCCGUUUCCAUGCACGCCUUCCAACCGAUGCUUUAUCGAGGACGCGACGGAAUUUGUUUGAAUGCAGCAGGAAAGGCUUCAACACAGCACCCCGCCCAUCACAUCAGUUCCGUGAUCCAAACGUCUUAUUUUGAAAAGAAAACAUAUUUUGUUUUGAAAUUCUAUGGAAACCAGUUCUUUAAUACUAGCCGUUGACAUUGGCGACUAAUCACAAGCCUGAACGUAAAGCGACCAUCAUGGGGAAAUUUAGCAGACUUGUGUUUGUCUUUGUAAAGCUUUUCGUUGUGCAACAUGAGACUCUAAUAAAGUAAUCCCGCAUCAA